ACAGUAAAAGAUUGCUCUUUGUUUCUCAGACUACUGAGGCAUUGAGCCAGCCUUUGCAAACGCUUUUUGUAUGGAAUAAACUGCUUGUACCUACUCGGAUCCUGUUUCAAGGAGUUAUAAAUCUCACAUUGGGAAAAUACUUGUCUUAUUAAUUUUAAUUAAUUUAAUUAAUUUAAAAUAAUGGCCUAAGUGGUUUUAACUCAGAAUUUUCCUUUUUACAUCCUCGUCAUCUUGUUAAAUAUUUUUGUGCUGGCUGCCCAGAAUUAGUUGUGAAUCUGCUUAUGUGUUUGCUUUAAUUCAGUAACUGUUUUUUGCUUCUUUACAUUUUUAAAUCCCUAGAGUGCCAUUCUUAGUGUAAUUUGGAGACCAAGCCAGCCAUGUGACAUCAGAACCAAGAUUGGGUGGGUUUUCUGGGGCUGGGGAGAGGGGGAGUGAGGUAUCCUGUGGGCACCUCAUUCUUUCCUCUUCAUGAGCAGGCACAAAGGACUUAGUUGAAAGCAGACAUCUAAGUCUUUUGCAGGGUAGGGAAAUAUGGAGUUGAGCUUCUCCUUCAUGCUGCUUCUGUCCUCAGUUGGAUGCUCACGGUCCUCCAUGUUCAGAGGAUUACAAAUAGCCACACUGAAUUGUUCUGUUAGUUAUUCAACAUUAUGCACAUCUUAAGUAAGAUGCACUGUACUGUUUUAAGAUCGUUAACACUUCAGCAAUCUUCCCAGCAAGUUGAAUAAAGCAACUCCAGCUAUUCCCUAGAAUGAAGACAGCUAGAGGUAUUGAAUUAUAUUGUGCUUCAGCUUCUGUUGUCCACCUGGAGUGGGACAACCUCUGAGCAACUGUUUUUUUCUUAAGGGAGGUGGUUGCAUAAUGCUGUCACGAAUCUCUGCCCAGAAAAUCAAGCUGCAGUGUUGAAAAAAGGCUGAAGUCAUAGAGAGAAACAACAGCAUAAAUAUAGCCAUAAUUUCUGAAGGAACACAACACUGAGGGAGCUACUUAUGUUGAGGCCUGGCAAAUGAUGAAGACAUCAAGGUGCUACUGAAGGGAUCCCUUUUCUGGAAAGUCAAGGCCCACCAGCCACGGAAACAAAGGCUGUACCGGCUUCAGGAAGAUGGGAUGACUAUUUGGUUUGAGACACGUUUUAAAAAGGCUCACUCUAAACAUGUCUUUUCCAUCUUGCACAUUGAAAGUGUACGUGAAGGUUAUCAGUCUGAGGGGCAUCGGAAAUUUGGUGGCUCUUUCCCUGAGGAGCAGUGCUUCACCAUCGUCUUCAAGGGCAAGCGAAAAAACCUGGAUCUUGCUGCUCAGAAUGUGGAUGAAGCUCAGCAGUGGGUGAGGGGACUCACAAAAUUGAUGGCCAGAGCUGAAGCCAUGAGCCAGCGAGAAAAACUUGAGCACUGGAUCCAUGACAUCCUGCAUCGGGCUGACAAGAACAAAGACAACAAGAUGAGUUUCAAAGAGAUCAAAAACAUGUUGUGCAUGAUAAACAUAGACAUGAAUGAUGUCUAUGCCUACAGGCUCUUCAAGGAGUGUGACCGAUCAAACAAUGAUCGCUUGGAGGAAUAUGAGAUUGAGGAGUUCUGCUCACGGCUAAUGGCCCGGCCAGAGCUGGAGGACAUCUUCUGCCUUUACUCAGGCAACGACUGUGUGCUGUCAGUUGAGGAACUGCAGGAAUUCCUGCAUGACCAGGGUGAGGAAGCAAGCUUGCAGGAGGCCCAUGACAUCAUCCAGACCUAUGAACUAAAUGAGAAAGCCAGGCAGCACAACCUUAUGAUGGCGGAUGGUUUCAUGAUGUACCUGCUGUCCUCAGCCGGAAACAUCCUCAACCCAGCCCAUACCAGGAUCUACCAAGACAUGAGCCAGCCACUGUGCCAUUACUUCAUCUCUUCCUCCCACAACACCUACCUGACUGACAAUCAGAUCCAGGGGGAAAGUAGCACGGAGGCUUAUAUCCGGGCAUUGAUCAAAGGGUGCCGAUGUGUGGAGCUUGACUGCUGGGAGGGGUCUGAUGGGGAACCGAUCAUCUACCAUGGCCACACCUUCACCUCCAAGAUUCUCUUCAGGGAUGCCAUUGAAAGCAUCAGGGACUAUGCAUUCAAGCAAUCCUGCUAUCCUGUGAUUCUCUCAUUGGAAAACCAUUGUGGUCCAGAGCAACAAUCCACAAUGGCCCGCCACAUGAAGACUAUUUUAGGUGACAUGCUGUUGACCCAGCCACUGGAUGGAAACAUGGCCAAGCCACUCCCAUCACCAGAGCAGUUAAAGUGGAAGAUACUAGUGAAGGGAAAGAAGCUGCAAGAGGACAAUAGUGAUCCCGACCAAGUGAGCCGCAUCUCCAGUCAUGAAGAAGAAAUGCAGGAGAAAGAAGAUGAGAAGGUUAGGGAUGCUGUGCAUUUUUCACGUGAACUCUCUGAUGUGGUUGUAUACUGCCAGGCUGUCCCAUUCCAAAGCCUCUUGUAUGCCCUGAACUACCAGAAGGCUGCUGAAAUGUCAUCUUUCAGUGAAAGGAAAGCCAGGAAGUUGAUCAAAGAAUCAGGAAACCUUUUUGUCCAAUACAACGCUCAGCACCUUAGCCGCAUCUACCCACUGGGACUCAAGUUGAACUCCUCUAACUACAACCCUCAGGAAAUGUGGAAUGCUGGCUGCCAACUUGUGGCCCUGAAUUUCCAGACCCCCGGUGUAGAGAUGGACUUGAACGAAGGGCGCUUUUUGGUGAAUGGCCGUUGUGGGUACGUGCUGAAACCUGCUUUUCUGCGCAGUAGCCAGAGCACCUUUGAUCCUGAGGGUCUGGGUUGCAGGACUGACCAGCACUCAGUUGUCCUCACCAUCAAGGUGAUCACAGCCCAGCAGCUGCCAAAACUGAACAAAGAGAAGAAUUCUUCCAUUGUGGAUCCUUUUGUGCGUGUUGAGAUCCAUGGAGUUUCGGUGGACUGCUGCAAGAAGCAAACUGCGUACCAGUUAAACAAUGGAUUCAAUCCAUGUUGGAAUGAGACACUGACAUUCCAGGUGGAGGUGCCAGAGCUGGCCCUGGUGCGCUUUGUAGUUGAGGAUUAUGACACGACUUCUUCCAAUGAUUUUGUGGGACAGUUCACACUGCCACUGCCAAGCCUUAGGGAAGGCUACCGCCAUAUCCACCUGCUCUCCAAGGAUGGCACAUCUCUGUCCCCGGCCACGCUUUUUGUGCAUGUCAGAUGCAGGAAGGUGUGAAGAGCGCUGAGCAGAAAGACAUUCUGAUCAACCCACAGCAGAAGAAAGGACGACAGCGGUGCUAGUUCUGAAUGCUGCCUACUGUUGAACCAGAAGUGUGUCUGAAUCACGCCAAGAAAGUGGUGUGACCCUGCCCUGUGCUGUGGGCUGGAACAGGGCCCCCGUGCUGGAACUUUCCUACUUGCAUUUGGGUCAGAGAAGACUCUUCAUGUUAUUGAGGGCUAGUGGCAACUACACAGUGGCUUUGGGAAUGCUGCUUCUGGCUCAGGUUUUAGGCCUGGGUGCAGGGCUAGCACUUCAUCUCUGCAUCAGUCACAUGCUGGAGGGAUGCCUCCUUGAUGUGAGAAAUGACUAGUGAGAGGAUUGAGCAAGCCAUCUUACACACUCAUGGGGCACACUCAUCCCAGAAAGGAGGAUCAGGUGAGAGGGUUUAAGGGCUUGUUUCAGGGCUUUAAGGGAGUGUGAAGCUUCUGACAGGGGCCUAAGAGCCAGUGGAUAAUUUGUUUGGAAUCUGACUGCAAAAAUAUACAGCCCGUCAGAGUGGAACAUUUGAUAUAGUCUGAUUCUGCCUAAGCUACAAAAUUAGUUGUACUGACACCUCUCGACAGAGCUGGUAUUUUGGGUUUUUUAUUUUGUUUGUUUUGCAUGCAAGCUUCCUAAUUGUUGCAGAAGCACAUGCCAGACCUAGUGCUAACCAACAACUAGCCUCAUAAAGUAUAUAUGAUUCUUAUUUUAAGGGUGUUGGAUUCAAAUUCAGUUGUUUAACUUGCUAGUAGAAGUGGAAGUAGACUUCCUUGCUGCUGUCUUUCCACAGCAGUGCCUCUAAGCCCCUGAAAAUUUUACCCAGCACAGUGUUGUGGAAUGGAGGGUGGGAAAUUCCUGAAAAUUCAGCAGACACAACCUUCCAUCAGUGGAAGGCACAGCCUAAAUCCAAGGCAGCAUGGUUUGUAUCGGAUGUAUGGAUACAUGAGGAAAAUAUUGCAAUAUUUGCACUAUUCUACUACUGGUUUUUUAGAAGAUUGGUUGAAUGUGAAUUACGGAAAUAGUGCACCUUGUAAACAAGGAACCUUGAAAAAUGCAAGAGUCCCACAAAAAUGUGUUAAUUUGGAUGAGGGUUAGGCUCACUGAGAACAUUGUUCUCUAUUGGAUAAGCUAAACCUUAAAAAUUUAGUAGUCACCAUUGUUUCUGUCUUUGUCAUCCAGACCCCUGUCAGCCUCUGGGCCUUUAUUUCCAGCAACAAACAGUAUUUUGCUAUGGUAUUUCUCACAUGUGCAAAAUGAACCUCCUUGCACCUGAAAGUUAGGUUGGCGUAGCAACUGUAGAUAGAUAAUAGAUAGAUGACAGAAAUGCAUCCAACAAUUUCAGCAAUUCUCAUGAAAAUGACUUUGAAGAAGCCUUUUAAGUGGAAAAAACCCUUUUAAUGUUAAGUGUGGCACCUUUUACUCCCUUUGACCAUGCCAACUGGUUGCCCCACAAGUUAGGCAACAGAGUUGCCAAUCACUCAUAAUCCCUCUGUCAUUCUGCCCCUGCACUGCACUUCAUCUGAUUGUGGGGAAAGCUCAGGAGGCACUUCCUUUUUGCCUGUUCCUUCUUAUGAAUGGGGCUUCUCAAGCAAGCUGUUCCUCCAGUGAGCCUCUCUGGCCAUGUAGGUUACAGCUGCCCAUCUUGGUUGAAGGGAGUUUUGUCAAUGGAAGCACCUUUGCUCAGCCAGGGGCAGCAGCUGAGGCCAGUAGCUGCAUCUUUCGACCGCCUGUCUUCUUUAGCAUCCUCCCCUCACACAAGCUUAGUUUCUGUGAAAUGUGGUCCUCAGUGUCAUGGGGAUAAUCUGUAAGCCCACCUAGCACUUGCAAUCAACUUUGGGUCAUUUUAAAAUGUGGUGAAUUCUUGAACAGAUCUCCUCCUUGAUGGUGAAAACCCUCCAUGUUAACUUGUCACAUGAGGGCACAAGACUGCAUUUUACAGGAAGCAGAAGGCCACAUGCACAGAGGGGCAGUGUAAUAACCCACAAGCAAAAUGGCUAGUUGAGUAGCCACUCCACAGAUUUUUGAUAUACCAGUAAUACAGGAGUAUUUUUAAGGACAGCCGUCCAGAGUAUAUGUGCUGUAAGGAGGAAGCAUGCUAAGUAGCCAUGCUUCCACAAAGCCGAAGCUUGGACACUAUGGCCACAUCUGUCAUUGCAACCAGAAGCCCCACAUCUGUUCACGUCCCAAUAUUAUCUGCUACUACAAAAUUGACAGGUUAUCUCCUUGUGGAGUGAGAGAAGGGAAAGUUGCAAGGCCCCAAUCACACGACAUGUGUUGGUUAUUUGGCAUUAACAAAAGGGGAAAUGACACCGGACUGUUUUUUUUGAUGGCUGUUGCCAACCCACCCAUGCGAAUGGAAGAUAGGUGUUGAUGUAAGAAAGUGGUAGCUAGCAUUUCAUUACCUACUUUCUGAAGAAGCACUACAUGUUUGGAGGGAUGAGUUGUACUCCCAACCCUGCAUUCAAAUCCCCAUUCAGUCAAGAAAUUCACUGGGUGAAACUCAGCCAGCUGUUAUUUUUCAGAGUUGUUGUGAGGAUAAAAUGUGGAGGUGGGGGAAGAGAACCAUAUAUGCCACUGUAGGCACCUUAGAGGAAAGUGGGUUAUACAUGCAAGAAAUAGAAUAGAAAUAUAGCAGUCAAUGUUUCCUGGGAGAAUUUUGGACCGGUUUUCUCUAGGGAUAACUAGAAGCCACUACCUUAAAUAAGUGAUUGGAAGAACACACACCAGAAAUAGGUCUGGAAGUUUGACUCAUGGAAGAUGAUGGCAUUUGGACUGAUUCCAUCCCAUCCCUAGGUUGUUGUACCUGCUGUGAAAAUAUCCAGUACUAGACAAAUUCUUUCCAGCUUGAUUUUGACUAACCUUUUUUCUGAUUCAUUAACUGAAUGAAACAGUUUACACAUCCAGCCUUUGAACACGUGCAAACCUACAAAAAGCCCUGGUGUGAUUUCAGCUGCCUACCAGUAUCACUUCUAGUAUUAUAAGAACAUGCCAGGAACUGAAGGCACCUUCUAGAAUUUGGUUUUGCAAAAUUCUAUAAAGAGACUGGUGUUUAUAAUGUAUUCAAUAGAUAUAAUAGAAUAUUUUAUUUUAAGAAAAAUGUCACAGAUAUAUCAAAUAUUUAAAAUAUAUGAAGUGUUUAAACAAGAAGAAAAAAAUAAAAUUGCAAGUUUUUACUA